CCUUGGGCUGAGACAGUAGUGAAGACGGGUGUGGGAAUUUCUUAGGACUCCGACCAGGACUAGAAGGAGAAAGGUUAGAGACGCGUGGAGGAAUUUCUUUAAGACACUUACUCAAACUGGACUGUGACCUCUUUGCGACAGGUGGUGUGAAUCAUGGCUCUUCCGUUUAAGAAAGACCUGGAGAAGUAUAAGGAGAUUGAUGAGGAUGAGAUUCUGGACAAGCUGACCGAGGAGGAGCUCAAGCAGCUUGAGAGUGCUCUGGAGGAGAUCGAUCCAGAGAAUGCUUUACUGCCAGCCGGACUCCGACAGAAGGACCAGACCUUAAAGACGGCAACUGGUCCAUUUAAACGUGACAAACUCCUGCAGUAUCUGGAGAAGGAGGCCAUGGACUAUGAAGACAGAGAAGAUUUUGUCCCCUUCACUGGAGAGAGGAAAGGAAAGGCGUGGGUGCCCAAACAGAAGCCAAUAGAGUUGCAUCAGGAGGAAGCCACAACCCUUGACCCAGAACUGGAAGAGGCACUGUCCAGCGCUACUGACAUUGAACUGGGGGAUCUGGCAGCUAUUCUUGGCGUGAACACACUGGUGACAAGCACGCAGAGUUACGACAGCACCGGUAAAGAUGGUUAUAACAAUGUUAUUAAAGGAGAGACAGUAAAGCCAGUUUUCGACGAGCCACCAAACCCUACAAACGUGGAGGAAACUCUACAGCGGAUAAAAUCUAACGAUUCUUCUCUAACGGAAGUCAAUCUCAACAAUAUAAAGAACAUUCCAAUCCCGACUCUGAAGGAGUUAGCCAAAGCCAUGGAGAGGAACACUCAUGUGAAGAAGUUCAGUAUGGCUGCCACCAGGAGCAACGACCCUGUUGCCGUGGCAUUCUCCGAUAUGCUGCGAGAGAAUAAGACCCUGAGGAGUCUGAACCUGGAGUCCAAUUUCAUCACAAGUGCAGGAGUUCAGGCUCUGGUAGAAGCUCUGCGGGAAAAUGACAUGCUCUCAGAGAUCAAGAUCGACAACCAGCGACAGCAGCUCGGCACAUCAACGGAGAUAGAGAUCGCUAAGAUGCUGGAACAGAACACGAGCAUCGUGAAGUUUGGGUAUCACUUCACUCAGCAGGGUCCUAGAGCUCGUGCCUCUGCAGCCAUCACAAAAAACAACGACCUGGUGCGCCGGAGGCGAGUAGAGAGAGACAUGUAGACUAUCCAGUAUCUCUCACACUCUCUCUCUCGAGUCUUUGCCAAACCGUCUGAGGGAGCUGUUUUACCUGAAGAAGGGACACAACUGGAUAUUUUCCCUCUCUAUUGUUAAUACUCAGUGAUCUUUUUUUGUCAUGUAUUGUUGUUUAUUGUCUUUUGUUUUUACCACGGCAACUCGUUUUGUUUUCUUCUACUUUUUUCAGUUUUUGCAAAUGUAAAAUCUUUUCUGAAGUUCUAUAAACAAACAACUGUUUAAAGACGGUUAAAUGUGGUAAUGGCUGGAUGGGGUCAGAACCUGUCACCCUUGCUGACUCAAAUCUAGACUCAACCUAACUGGAUCGGCUGUGUUCCCUACUAAAUGUGAGCUAAAUCUAGAUGUGUUGAGUCUGUGUUUGGAGCACAGGUCUGAAGGAGCGCACACAGCAGUGUCGGCCAGUGAGAGUGAUGCUGAGCGUAAUGGACACUCCUUAAAGAAGGUGAUGGACACCUCAGAAACUUUCACUGUGAGUAAGAUGAUUGUGUGACUGUGUGUGGAUGUCGUCGGGCAGCUGGAACUCUUGAGUUUAGGACCAUUCAUGCACUUUUUCAAGAAUACAUACAGCACAUAGAGGUUUGUUGAAGAACUCUGUUUCAGAGGUGUAUUAACUCAAACCGCAUCUCAUUUACAUGCACGGCAACAAAGAAAAACAAAUAUUUUCUUAAUUAGUAUUUUUAUCUUGAUUUCCAGUAAAAACAGCCAAAUAUCUAAAAAAAAAAAAAACUUGCAAAACAGAAUGACAGGAAAUUAAGUCUUUCAGAGAAAUGUAGCAAAAUGUAGUAUAGUUUUUGCUUAUAACAAGAAAAAACAAUACGCCAAUGAGUUAAGAAAAAAACUUGAUUCAAAGGAAAAUAUAUAUAUAUAUAUUUUUUUUUUUUACCUAAUUUGCUAUUAGUUUUUUAGUUUGUUUCUUGUUUUAAGCAAAAACCCCUACAAAAUUCUGUAAGAUUUCUCUGAAAAUUAGAAUUACUCUGAAAAGGAGACUUAAUUUCCUGUAAAUUUGUUUAGCAAGUAUUUAUUUAUUUUAAGAUGUUUGGAUGUUUUUACCAAAAAAAAAAAAAAAAGACAAAAAUACUCAUUACAUUAGAUUCUUUAAAUACUCAUCAAAUUUUGCUAUGCAAUUGUAAUGCGUAAAUACAAAAAUAGGCUAAAAUAUUUGUCGUUUCAUGUGAUCAUCCUUAAAACAAGUACAAUUUUCUUAAAAAGCAAACUGUGUAAUAUAUUAAGACUUUUUUUUGGAGAAUAUGAAAGCCUAUUUAGUUUUGUUGUUGCAUAUAGUAAAAAAAACAACAACAACAACAAUUUAAGAUUUCUGCAUUUCAUCUUCAUAACAAAUCUCCAUUGAAUUGAAUAAUCUUUAACAAAGUUGAAUUAAUAAAACUUAAGUAAAUUUGUUUUAAUAAAAAAAAAAUUAAAGAUUCAAUUUGAUGAAAAUUUGUUUAAAUGAAAUAUGAAUUAUUUUAAAUUAAAAUGCGUAAAUUUUAGGCUUAAAUAUGUUUUGAGUGUAAAUUAACAAUAUUGUGAGAUUUAUACUUAAAACAAGAAACAAAAAUGCCAAUAGGGUAAAUGUCAUAGUAAUUUGACCGCUGUAGUACUUCGGUUUUCCGCGUGCCUGUAAAUCUUUAUUUGUCCUUGUGUCAAAUUUCAUCAAUGGCACAGAAUGUGUGACGUUCACAUGCGCCUGUCAUUCACUGUCGUUCACAUGCGCCUGUCGUUCAAGUAAACCAUAAUCUUAAAAAAAUACACUUCAUUCAAAAUUAUUAUCUAAUCCAAUUUUGCUUUUAUGAUAAUUUCUUCGCGUGUGUGAGCGUGAGCACGUGUGUGUGCGCGUGCGUGCGGGCACGCAGUGUAUCAGUUUGUCUUGUAAAAUUCACAAAAAAUUAAACUCAUUGUAGAUCAGCACCAAUGAGAACUCUGGCCCAUUUGACACUUGAAGCAUCUGUGCAGUUUUCAGGUCCACGGUUGACUGGUUUCACAAAUAGCUUAAAAUCCGUAAACUGCUAAACAGUUAUUCUCACCCAGCAAUGUAUUAAGGGAUAUUUUCUAUGUGAUAUACAGUAGUUGUCAGCUGUAGAUUUAGAUGAGUCUCUUUACUGUAGAUAAAUGUGAAAUGGCUUUUCUAAUACCAUGCCAAAGACUAACACCUAAAUACUCUCAUUUUCAUGGCUGUAACAGCGGUCUGGCUGGAAGUAGGGGUUUGGGUUUCAUUUAUUUGCAUUUAUUAAGGAUUAGAUCAUGUAGGAUCUCUGUGUUUAGAGACGGAGAAAGAUUAUUUUAAGCUCUUAAAACCUGUGCUGAUGAUUAACAUAGGGAACUGUUGGUAGUUAAGAAACGAGAGAGAGGCUUGAGAAACGGUUUAAUCGUAAAUAAUGGCCACUUCUGUGGUGCACGGUCCUGAUGAGGGGUGGUCCUGGUGUAUCUAGUCCCCCCCCCCAUGCACACACAUUCAUGCAUGUUUGCAUGUAAUGCGAAGCUUUAUCUUUUCACUAAAGCUAUCUAACAUGCUUUCAAAACAACAUAAUACAAAAUACCAAUUAAUCCUUAUUGCUUGGCAUUUUCUGUGAGCUUGCACGUACAGUUCAUUGAUUGUGGCACGUGUAAUAUAGAGCACAGAAGCAUAUUCUUGAGAAAGGUGGUGAACCCUCCCUUUUCGCACAUCGUACGGCAUCUCCGAUUGAGCAAUCUGAGCAUGCUAGUAUGGAUUAUAUAGCUGGAUUUCACAGGGGAACCUGCUUCUAAAGCAAAUGCUUGGACCAACUUCUACUUUUUCCUUUUCUCAUGUUGAUUUAUUAUGUUUCGUUUUGUACUGUUCUAUUGAUUUGUCCUUUUAUUUUUCUUUGUGAACAAAUGCUGAAUUGUAUGAAAUUGUGAGGUUUGACUUCAGGUUAUUGUUCGUGUUUAAUUCAUUAGGGGUUUAAUGGUUCACAAUUUGCUAAAGCUUUUGUUCGUAUGCAGGAACUCUGUCUUAAUGAGUUUCUUUGAAGGAUCCAUCUCAAAUCCUCUUCAGAUGACUCCACACAUAUAAAGAUAUACAUCAAAAUAUCAUGUAUUGUAUACACCGCUUGUAAUGCUGAGAUUUUGUAUGUUAAUACUACAUGUCUGGACUCCAGAAGAGGAAAUCUUAUUAUGUACUGUUAAUAACACAACUAUGUAAAGUAUCAGGUGUCCUCAAUAAAAUGUAUGU